CUCCAGCUCUCUCCAGCUCUGCAGCUCUGCAGCUCUCCAGCUCUCCAGCAGCUCUGCAGCUCUGUUCAGUGUUUGUCUCAUCGCACACGGAGCCGUCCACUGUCCCAGGAUGAAUGGGUUCAGCACGGAGGAGGACAGCCACGACGGACCUCCUGCUCCUCCGUUCUACGGGCAGAGCUGCUGUCUGAUCGAGGACGGGGAGCGCUGCGGCCGCUCGGCUGGAAACGCCUCCUUCAGCAAGAGGAUCCAGAAGAGCAUCUCCCAGAAGAAGCUCAAGCUGGACAUCGACAAGAGUGUGCGACACCUCUACAUCUGCGACUUCCAUAAGAACUUUAUCCAGAGCGUCCGCAACAAGAGAAAGAGGAAGACCAGCGACGAUGGAGGAGAGUCCCCGGAUCACGAUGUGGAGGUGCCUGAGGUCGACCUUUUCCAGCUGCAGGUGAACACAUUGAGACGUUACAAGAGACAUUACAAGCUGCAGACCAGACCAGGACUCAACAAGGCCCAGCUGGCAGAGACGGUGAGUCGUCACUUCAGGAAUAUUCCAGUGAACGAGAAGGAGACGCUGACCUAUUUUAUUUACAUGGUGAAGAGCAGCAAGAGCCGCUUGGACCAGAAGGGCGAUGGCGGAAAACCUCUGGACUAAACUUAUCAACAGCACCCACAGCAGCAGUAGCUCCAACACACACGCCAACAGAAAUGGAGACAAAACAGCAAUUCACCAAAACCUGGACUCCACUAACAGUUACAACAACCAAAACCAGCUCCUCCUGCACCCUGUCACUGCUCCCGUCCUCCCAAACACCCCUGAAACAAACUCAUGCUGUCCCGUAGAGGACGUUUAACUCACAUGGAGGAGCAUUCAGGGAGGGAAGGAUUAAACCUGCCCCCCCACCACGCCCCCCCACCACGCCUCCCCACCCCCCCACCACGCCUCCUCAUCCUCUCCUCCACGGGGAAAAACCUCUAAAGACUGUCGAGUAGCGGGACUCCCUCCGCAGGGCUCUAGGUCGCCACGCUGUAAUGUUACUGUCGAUAUGUACAAAAGAAAAGUGUCCAAUCUGUGUUUGAAUGCAAUGGACAAAACGGCUGCCUUAAGAGGGAAGAAGACGAAAACGUGUUUUAGGGAUUUUGGGGAUUUUUCUUUUGCCGGUUUGACUGUUAACAUUUUUCAGCGCGAGGGAUGCUUGUGCCAAAACGGAAAUGUGUUUUGUACCUGAAUGAUAAUCGACUGUUUCGGUUUUAUAGCGAGUGAAUGAAUUGUUGGGAAGAGGGCGGCGCCUUCUGCUGCAUUUAGCACGUCAGAAUCAGGAUUCAAAGAAAGACCUUUUUAUUCUCAAUGAUAUUUAAAAACAAAGUGUAAUCUUCUCAGUCGCUCGUUUCCAAACCGGGCGUGAUGCAUUCAAAGACUGAUGCUGGUGAACCAUGUAGCACUCGGCCAUGACCCGCUCUUUCCACCCUCGCUAGCUGUUUUACGUACGUUUGAACACACUCGUAGCUUCUUUCAUUUUUUCUUUGUAGUCCAGAUUUCUACCUUUUUCUUUAGUUCAGCCUUAAGUUGUAAAAAGUCGCAUCUCUUUGAUUUCCUCCGUUUGUGUGCGGGGAACUUGUGUGUGUGUGUGUGUGUGUGUGUGUGUGUGUGUGUGUGUGUGUGUGUGUGUGUGUGUGUGUG